AUGAAGACGAGAAAGCAUUAUUUAUUUCAGCCUCUGGCAAUUUUCAUUCAUAGCAGUGACUGCAAUAUUCACGUAGUUAUUAAUAUCAUUCUGUGUUUUUUCUUCUGGUUGCCAGCCGUCUUACACGCCGUGUGGUAUUGUUUCUUCCGAGGAUAG